AUGGAGGACAACGGCAAAGCUACGACGUUGUUGGAAGAGAAGAAUGUUGCCCAUUUUGACGAGACAGAGAAGCCGGACGUCGAGGAUGGCAAGAAGCUUGAGGUUGAGCUGCCAAAGCUAAUGGCGAAGGGUGUACGUAAGAAGAAGGAUUUAGGUGGCUCCAAAAUGGGGAAAACGGAUGACACCGAAUCCAUAAAUCAACCCAAGGUCGUUUCUAGAAAGAAAAAAAAAGACCCCAUUAAGGAAUCGGUUGAAAAUAAACAAGAAGAGGAAGUGAUUGUAGACCAGCGAACCAAAUCUCAAGAAGAGGUUGAAUCUGUACAUAAGGAGGAAAAGGAGCUCCAGCCAGUCAGUCAUUAUGUUAGUGAGGACUACCCAGACAAGAUCCAGCCAGCAGCACAAGUAAUCAACUUUCCUGCUAUGCAUGAAAUUCUUGAUUAUAUGCGGAAGACAAUUGAUAUAUGUUAUAGAAAAUAUACUGACUUAGGUGACCUAUUAAUUGAUAUGGGACAUGUUUCAGUGUCGCGACGUUAUCUCGAUGAAUUUUUGGGAAACAGUUGGUUAGGCAAUGAGCAGGUUGAUUGUUUUGCCAUGUUGAUGGAGAAUAAGAGAAAGGUUAUAAAUAAUGGCGCGCUCGGUUACACCCCCUAUGCCGCUCGCGGUCGGAUCGACGGGUCGCAUUUGAAUAAAGACGGAGCGGCCAUGGACGACGCAGGGAGAGUACGUCUUAUGUACGCAAAUUUUUUCCCAUCGCAUCGCCCGCCACAUAUGCCUCUUCUCUCCCUCUCAUCUACCUUCUCUCCUGCUUCUACCUCGAUGGACGCCAUGGCAGACUGGUUUGUUGGCCCAGUCAUGGAUAAGCUCAUCAACGCUUGCUCUGAUUAUCUGCAAGAUCACUUCAGACGGCAGACGGGCAUGAAGGAGGAGCUCGAAAGGCUGCGAGUGAACCACCCCAUGAUCCAAGCUGUCGUCUCUGCUUACACCCAAGGAAAGAUUGCAGAUCGUAACCUCAAGAGCUGGUUAUGGCAGCUACGAGAUGCCAUCGAUGAGGCGGAUGAUGUUCUAGAUGACUUUGAGUACAUGAAGCAUGAAGAACAACUGGAGCUGAACAUGGAGGAAACAAAGGUGCGUUCUUCAUUCAAUAGAUUAUUUUUGGUACCUGCUCGCAAACUUCGCAGAGUCUGCGAACGAGCUCUCAAAAUUGAUCCCAACUGGGAGAGACUGGAGGAGGCUGUGCAGAAACUCGAUAGAGUUUCAGCCCAGGUCAAUACCUUCCUUCAUCUUGUAGAAAAGAAAGAGAAAGAACAGCAGGUGAAGGAUCAGCAGGUUUGCGACGAUCGUGCUAGCGGAUCCUUUCCUGGACCUGUUUUCAUCGGUCGAGAACAGGAAGGAAAACCAUCAGAUCACAACCUCUCUCUUCUAUCUGUAGUGGGUCAUGGUGGCAUGGGGAAGACGACUCUGUUACAAAAUAUCUUUGCAGAUGACAUAACAAAAGAGUUUGAUCUUAAAAUUUGGGUUUGUGUUUCUCACAACUUUGAGGUUGAAAAAGUCAUCACGGAUAUGCUGAAAUAUCUUGAUGAAUGGAGUUCUCAUUUGACAAUACUUCCUCCUCUUCAAGAGAGACUUAACUCUGUGACGCGGUCCAAGAAAUUCUUGCUUGUUCUGGAUGACAUUUGGGAGGAGAAUACAACCAAGUGGGAGAAAGUUAUCUCUCCUCUGGCUUAUGGAAAAUUGGGAAGCAAGAUCUUGGUCACAACUCGAAUACAUGCAGCUGCAUCAAUGAUUCCAGAUAUGAUUAUAGAGAAUAAGGAGACGUUGACAUUAAAGGGCUUGCAGGAAGCUCAGUGUUUGGAGCUCCUCAAGACUCACGCAUUUGCUGGCAUGGAGAAUUUUAGUAGUGAACAUAAGAAAUUAAUGAGCAUUGCUGAAGAGAUAGUUAAAAAACUUUCAGGAUCUCCAUUGGCGACAAAGGUCAUUGGUGGUGUUCUAAAGUAUGAUUUGACUCCAGAGCAUUGGCAAAGAAUUUCAAACAGUGAUAAAAGAGUUUUAGUGAGUAAUAUUGGAAGAGUGGAACUAGUCCCGGGUCUGAAUACUAAUCCGAUUAUGCCCAUUCUAAGAUUUAGUUUUACAUAUCUCCCACAAUCUCUACAAAUUUGUUUUGCAUUUUGUGGCAUAUUCUCAAAAGAUCAUAGGUUUGAUAAAGAUGAUUUAGUCAGAAUGUGGAUUGCCUUGGGUUUCUUUCGGGAUUCUUGUACUGAAGGAGAGACUUUGGUAGAUAUUGGAGGAAAGUAUUUUGAUGUUUUGGUCAGAAAAUCUUUCUUUGACAAGUUUCAGUAUUACAAGAGAAUAUACUAUAAGAUGCAUGAUUUAUUACAUGAUUUGGCACAGUCUGUUUCUUCGGAUGAAUGUUUCAGAUUCAUGGGAGAUGAUGUUUUAACUUUUAAAAUUCCUAAAACUAUUCGACACUUAUAUGUUAAAACUGAAAAUCUAGAUGUGUUGAGAAUGAUCAAAGAAGCUAAAAAGCUACGCUCACUUUUUUUGUUCAGUCAAAGAAGUGUUCAAGAUUUUACUGAAAUACUUGAUGAAAUUUUUGAAGCAUCGAGAAAGGUUCAUUUGCUGGUCAUAUGCUCUCAUUUUGAAAAGUUGUCUGAGGCUAUUAAAAAUUUGAGACAUCUUCGAUAUUUGAAUUUUACUGGAAGUGUCACUCAGAUGCCAAGAUCUCUAAGCAGUCUUUAUCAUUUGCAGUUCAUAAUCAUUAUGAAUGUGGUUGAAAAACCUUGCUUGGAUGAUUUUUUGCCUAUCGAUGUGAGUAACCUUUCGAAUCUGCGUCACGUGGAUCUGCCCUCGGAUGUAUUUUCUAGUGUACCUGGAAUUGGGAAAUUAAGGUCACUUCAAGAACUAAAUGAGUUUAAUGUUAAGAAUGAGAAUGGUUAUAGAAUUGGGGAGUUGGAACAUCUGAGCGAGUUGCGCAAAUUAAAAAUACAUUUUUUGGAAAAUGUGAAGGAUGCUGGAGAGGCUCACACUGCAAAAUUAUUUGAGAAGAGAAAACUCACAAGUCUAUUCUUGAAUUGGGGCAAAGCUGUUGGUGGUAGGGAAAUUGAAAACCCGCAGAACAUUAUUAAUUCUGACUUAGAUGUGAAUGUGCUUGAAAAUCUUAAACCAUACAAAAAUCUAAAGAAAUUGUCCAUAGUUUCAUGCAAGGGUUUAAGCUGUGCAAAAUGGAUGUACGAUGCAGAUUUGAUCUCCAAUCUGGAGCACAUCAGUCUGAAUGGGUGCUCAGAGUGGGAAACCCUUUCUCCUUUUGGGCAGCUUCCCCACCUCAAGUCUCUGUACCUUUGUGACAUGCCAAAAGUAAAGCAGCUUGAUAAUAAAUUCCGUGGGAAUAACAAUAUUUGUGUGUUUCCAGCGCUGGAGGUUCUACAUAUGAAGGGAUUACAAUUAUUGGAGGACUUGUUUGAUAAAGCAGGAGCAGCAACAGAUGAAUGUUUCUUUCCUUGCUUAAUGGAACUCUUCCUCCAUAACUGCCCAAAACUGCAGGAGUUGCGCUAUUUGCCUCCUAAGCUCAAGAAAAUGCAGAUACACAAAGUUGGAUGGAAAGCUGCUUUGAACUGCAAGAAAGGCUCCAACAACUGUUGUGGCAUUUCAAAAUCCAUUCCCCUUGAAAGUUUAGAGGUCCUUUCGUGCCCAAACAUCACAUCUCUUCUUCAGGCGGAUGUAAGACUUGAAGCACUGAGAAUAUUGAGAAUUGAAGGUUGCCCCAAUCUGAUUUCUCUGGGUGGACUGCAACAAGUGGAGAGUGGCGCUGAGAAAUCCCAGCUAAUUCUUAGUGAAUUUGUUAUAGAUGAACCAUCCUUGUUGCCAACGGUAAGUAUCACCUCCCUGGAAAAGCUCAAAAUUUGUAAUAAUGACUUGCUGGUUUCUUUUACAGUUGAGGCAGAGCAGUGGUUUCUGCACGUUAGCUCAUCCCUUCGUGAGUUGAGCUUUGAAGGCCUCAAAUCCCUGCAGUCUCUCCCUUCCUCCUUGGGACGCCUCUCUUCACUUAAGAUUCUACGUGUCCAAAACGUUCCUCAGUUCCAGCAGCUUCUACACAUCCCCGCCUCCCUGGAAGAAUUAUAUCUUCAAUACCUGGAAUCAUUGCAGCGCCUGCCAACGUCUUUGUCAACCAUCUCAUCCCUCAACCGUCUAGAAUUAAAAUGGAUUCCACUCAAAUCAUUGCCAGAACUCCCUCCCUCUUUGAAUACAAUUUGUCUUGAAUAUCUGGAAUCAUUGCAGUGUCUGCCAUCUUCUUUGUCGGCCAUCUCAUCUCUCAACCAUCUACGGUUAGUAAGCAUCCCACUACUCAAAUCGUUGCCAGACCUCCCUUCCUCUUUGUCUGGUCUGUAUAUAAGUAAUCUUGACAAUCUACAGUGCCUGCCAUCUUCUUUGUCGGCCAUCUCAUCUCUCAACUAUCUACAGUUAGUAAGCAUCCCACUCCUCAAAUCCUUGCCAGACCUUCCUUCCUUCUUGAAUACACUGUCUCUACAUAACCUUAAUAACCUACAGUGCCUGCCAUCUUCUUUCUCGGCCAUCUCAUCCCUCAACCAUCUACAUUUAUUUAGCAUUCCACUCCUCAUAUCAUUGCCUGACCUCCCUUCCUCCUUGCAUUCGAUGACAGUAAAAAAUUGUCAUCCACAGUUGAUGAAACGUUAUAAAAAAAUUUCAGGUUCAAAUUACUGUUCUUUUUUAUUUCCUUAUUGA